AUGUAGAGUACGUAUGAAAGGCGUAUCUGAAAAAACCUUAUAAAAAUGAACAUGUUGGGAAUACAUCAGUUGGAAACGGAAUAGUUUUCACUUUUGCGAAAGGAUGCAAGAGGUUACAAAAAUCAUAAACCGGUUAACCUUUUUCCGUAACCGGUUAUUAACCGGUUAACCCAAACGCCUUAAGUUGUUAAAAUGAGUUAGAGUACGUAAAAAUGCUGUGAAAAGUUGAAUGUGCUUGGAAAAGUUGCCGAUAGAUUUCGUUGAAUUUUGGUAAGAGAGUGUAGCAAGAAAGAUCGAUAUCAAUGCAGAUCGAAACGACCGAGUCGUAACUUGCCGGUAGCGUAUUGUUACCCAUCGUUUCAAAAAUGAGUGAGUACAAAGCAUUGGUUAGUGAUUUGAAACUGGGAGAAACGUUAUUCCAGCAAGCUGAGGAAAGCUCGAAGUUUUGUGACGUCGUCAUCGUAUAUGGCCUGCCAGAUGACAUGAAACAAAUCUGGGUCCACUGGUGUGUGUUGGUACAAUGUCCGUACUUUGAAGCCAUGUUCAGAAGUGGAUUGGAAGAAAAGCAACAGGGAAAGAUAUUUAUUACAGAGUCUUUACAUGAAGAAGCUGUAAGCGCAGUGAUUGGAUUUCUGUAUAAAGGAGAGGUGAAUUUGGAGUAUCGACUUAUUGGAGACGUGCUAAAUGCGGCGGACUAUUUCCAGUUUGGUGACUUGCAUGAAGUUUGCAAAAGGUACUUGUUAACUGUGCCAUUGACAACAGAAAAUUGUGUUGAGCUUUUGACGAUAGCCGGUCGUUACAAUUUUGAAGAUAUACAGACGCGUGCAAUUACAUACAUAACUAACAAUUUGAUUCAGAUUAUUGAACACCCAGCCAAUAGUAAAGCUAUGACUGAUAUAAUUAUGACACAAAUAUGGGACAAAGCGAACCGUGACAGGAAAUGUCAAAUGACCCUUUUUAAUUUCUGCCGAACCUGGCUGUGGUGUGAUGUAAUGAAUCGUAAAGAAACAUUUGAAAACUUGUUCUGCUCUUUAAACCUGAACGAAACGAGUCACGAAUUCUUUCAAUCUUUAUCAUAUGACUAUGUCCAAACGUUUAAGAAAUGCCGUAAAUUUUAUGUACAUUUCAACAGUCAAAACUUUCAAACUAGACUAACAUUUACAGCGGACACAAUCGGCGUUGUUUUACUUGUAGCAAAGAUUCCGCAGCUACACAAAUCAGGAGGAAUAUAUGCAUACGCGAUAGGCACUGAACGCUGGUCCUUUCUUACAAGAUUACCGCGGGAAUUACGAGAAUUCGACUACAACAAAUAUUGCAUUGGUGUUGACCCAAUUGGGAAAUUCAUUUACGUUAUUAGGCAAAGAGAGCACUAUAUCAGUAAACAUUCAGCUGUUUUGGAAAUCCCUUCUCAUAGAUACGAUUGUGAACAAAAUACGUGGGAGCUUGAGACAUACACACUUAAUAUUAAGGAUGAAAGACAGGUCAGUAUUGAAGGAAUAGUUUGUGAUAAAACUGGGACGUUUCUUAUAGCCGAGACGAGGAUGCGUAAACGGCAGUAUAAAAAUGUACAAUUAUUAGCGUGUCGCGAGGACACGACCCUUGUGGAGGUAGCUUUAGUACCAAAUAUUUGCAAACGAUGGUACAGUAGUUGUGAUAUAAAGUAUUGUGUUGUUGGAGACAGUUGUAUUAUAGUGUUGUGUACCGAUAUUGAAAUUGGACAUAGGACAAUUAAAAUAUCAGUAACGAAUACAAACAUGCCACAAACUAAUAUUUGUAAAACGAUUAAAGAAUCGCAUAUUGGAUACAAUGCCAGGUUUGAAACCAAUGAAAUGUUGUACUCAAACGGGGCACGUGGCAUUAUUUUCCGUUUUGGCAGCGAGCAUCACAGAGAAGUGAGUCUUUCGCCAGUUCAGUGUACGACAGUUGAAGGCGAAGUUCUUCCCAGAUACAGAGGCGAUGAGGAAGGGGUGCAACUAGAUAACAUUUUAACGGGAAAUGGUGAAAAUGUUGUCUCCGUAUACGACAGGCACACACAAACGUUACGAGUUAUUGACUGCAUCACAAAGGAACAGCAUCUGGCACCACCGUUUCCAUACGACUUCCAGGACUGCACAUUGGUCCAUGCGAACCUGGCGGCCAGAUUACUUAAGUGUCGCAUCGACUGUCCACAUUGUUUGUUUGAAAUCAAAUCCGAUAUUAAUUAGUUUUGAGCACGAAACGGAGACAUAAACACGAUACAAUUAUGGAAAUGGGGCAUGCUAAAUAAUGCGACAGGACUGUGUCUGUUGUCAUUAUUAGAUAAUAAAACCGUAUCGCGAUA